UUAGAAGAACUGAAAACUCUGUUUAAUGCACGAAAUUAACAGGCCUGUUUCUGUAAAUGCACUUGCUCAAAGUACGACAGAGACGUCAACGUUAUUGUUGGUCGUUCUGUUAAAAGAAAGGUCAGAGGUCGAAGAGUUCAAAGGUCAGCAGCAUGGCGUCCGGCAGUGCGAGCAGCGAGGAGGAGAAGAGCCUGCGGGAGUGUGAGCUGUACGUGCAGAGGCACAACAUCCAGCAGCUGCUGAAGGACUGCAUCGUGCAGCUGUGCACCUCCAGGCCUGACCGCCCCAUGGCCUUCCUCAGGGAAUACUUUGAGCGACUGGAGAAGGAGGAGGCCAAGCAGAUUCAGAAUCAGCAGAAGGCCAGUUCUCGCUCGGACUCCCGGGAAGAUGAGGUGUCCCCUCCCAUGAACCCCGUGGUCAAGGGCCGCAUGCGGCGCGGAGCCAUCAGUGCCGAGGUCUACACGGAGGAGGACGCCGCCUCAUACGUCCGCAAGGUCAUACCUAAAGAUUACAAGACAAUGGCAGCUCUUGCCAAAGCCAUCGAGAAGAACGUUCUCUUCUCCCACCUUGACGACAAUGAAAGAAGCGACAUCUUUGAUGCCAUGUUCCCAGUCACAUAUAUUGCUGGGGAGAUAGUCAUACAGCAGGGUGACGAGGGAGAUAAUUUCUACGUCAUCGAUCAGGGAGAGAUGGACGUGUAUGUGAACGGGGAGUGGGCCACAAACAUCGGCGAGGGGGGCAGCUUCGGGGAGCUCGCCCUGAUCUACGGCACCCCCCGAGCAGCCACCGUUAGAGCCAGGACCAACGUCAAGCUGUGGGGCAUUGACAGAGACAGCUACCGGAGAAUACUCAUGGGGAGCACUUUGAGGAAGAGGAAAAUGUACGACGAGUUCCUCAGCAAAGUCUCCAUCUUAGAGUCUCUGGAUAAGUGGGAGCGCCUCACCGUGGCCGAUUCCCUGGAGCCGGUCCAGUUCGAGGACAGCCAGAAAAUUGUCGUUCAGGGAGAACCGGGAGACGAGUUUUUCAUCAUUCUGGAGGGCAGUGCCGCCGUUUUGCAACGCAGGUCAGAGAAUGAGGAGUUUGUGGAGGUCGGACGGUUAGGACCUUCUGACUACUUCGGUGAAAUUGCUUUGUUGAUGAACCGCCCGCGUGCCGCGACGGUUGUGGCCCGCGGCCCGCUGAAGUGUGUGAAGUUGGACCGACCCCGGUUCGAGCGCGUCCUCGGGCCCUGCUCCGACAUCCUCAAGCGCAACAUCCAGCAGUACAACAGCUUCGUCUCGUUGUCCGUCUAAGGAAACCCGUAGGACCACCAACCUCCAACCCUCCCCCUCCUCCUCCUCCUCCUUCUCCUCCUCCUCUUCCAACCUCCACCCCCUCUUCUCCCUCACACCUUACCCCAAACCACCCCCCCCCCCCCCCCCACUCAGCCCAGACCUUGCAGUCGGGCAGGGUCCACCCUGAGUCUCCUCCAUAUGCUCUUUGCAUUUGCCGUUUCCUCCAGGUUUUUGCAUUUUUGUUUGUUUGUUUGUUUGUUUGUUUAUUGGUUGGUUGGUUGGAUGUUUUUUAAGAGCCAGGAGCGGCACCCCCUUGCACUUCACCAGCUUGACACCUUUUUUUUUUUUUUUUUUUUUGUGGUUGUUUUGUGCACCUGUUAAGUUCAUUGAAGAAUGGGAUGUUUCUGUUGACGCGACAGUGCAGUAGUUUUUUCGGCGGAGGCUCGUGGAAGAGUAGACAAUCAGAUUGAAAUGUUCUCACUUUGCUUUUCACGCGUGGUUGUUAAAUGUGGCUUUUUGCUUUUUUUUUUGCUUUUUUUUUUUUAAAGGUUUUCUGAGUGUGAGUUUGAAAAUGAAGGAUACUUUGAAGAAACCAAAAGAUAGUGUGAAAAACAAUAAUUAAAAAAAAAAAAACCUACAUCUGACAUCAAUACACUUGAAAUUCAUGCAGGCCCGAGUUACAAUGUUGUUUGGUAGCUUCUUGCUUGACGUUACUCCUGAAAAAAAAGAAAAACUUUCAGACUUUCAGAACUUGCAGUCAGCCUUAAUGUGUGUGCAUCUUUCGUCUUGUCCUUGGGUUAUCCUCUGAAGUCAACUUGUUUAUGAAUGGACCAGAGUAGUGUAGGCACAGCUCCAGCAAUCUGACCAGAGACCUGUUCUGGAAUACUUAACCUUCCAACAGACUUCUAGAAUGCCAGAUAUUUAACCUUGCUUUGAACACGGCCAAUCAAACGGGGUGGGGGGUGGGGGGGAGUCAUGUUUCAAACACACCUAAUGUGUCGGAUAAAGUUGUUCCGAAUGUGAACGUUCACACCAGGGGUUUUAGUUUGUAUUGUUCGAGGGCCGGUGGAUAGGAGAAGGGUGUGGUUGGCCUGUUGCUAGACAACAGUGGAAGGUAUUUGAUUGUUAGUAGUCCUGUGUUGUUACCAUCAGUUUCAAACUGUAGAUUAUUCUUGAGUUUUAUGGCUUAUUCUCUGGCAAAGUGAUUUUGUUUUGGCGGGGUUUUGUGUGGGAGAAAAUUGAGCAGCAUAUUUUUGCUUAUCUUAACUGUUAAAAAAGGGUUGUAAAAUGUUUCAGUGAUUUGAAUUUCUUCGAUUCUCAACUCUUGAAGUUUCUCUUUAGUAAUUGGUUAGUGUCAUUUGCUUCCGAGCGUUGCUCCGUUUUGUUUAGUUUUGAAACUAGUGCCAAACAUUGAAAUUUAUGUGUACGGCACAACAAUUCAUUGCUGUUGUGAUUUUACAAGAUAAUAUAUUAAGCCAGUUCAAUUGUAACAAGACAAAACUAUGAUCUGAUCUUACUGGGAAAAGCUGUUUUAGACCAAAAUGUAUCGUUAUCAGUAUUUAAUGUCUCGUCAGUAUCCGCCACUUGCUACAUAUUUAAACAUUUGCGCCACCAUUUUAUCGUUGUGUAGAUUCUUUAUAAGUAAGAAAUCUUCCACAAAAACACCAUGUUAUUUAGGAGUGCCAUAAUAACAGAUGUGAAGGCUUGCUCUGUUGUGAGAAACCCCAAAUGAGAGCACGUCGACCCAGUGGUCUUCAGCUGGUAAUACUUAACUUUCACAACAAGCUCCACGCUCAAAUCUCUGACAUGGCUUCAGACAGGAAGGAGACUGUAUUACAGAGACUUGCGCCAAUGUACUCUGGGUGAUCGACCCCAUGCAGACAAAAUGGAGUCAUUCUUCUUUUUUUUUUUUUUUUUUUUUUCUGUAGUUCUGAUAUCACAUGUCAUGCAACAAAGUUUAUUUUACUGAGCAUCGUGAAGAGUUGUGUUCUCAUUGGAAUAUGAACUGCAUGUACAGCAUCCGAAUGCCAUGGCUGGUGGUUACCUGAUAUACAGGUGACUGGUGUUGGUAACCCAAGAAGACAUUGAAAAAAAAAAGGAAAUGCAAGCUUUUGAUGUACAGCUUCAGAGCUGUGUAGUACCAUAGGGGCACUAAAUUGCAGUUGGGUUUAAGGUCUAUUUGUGAGGUUUAAAAUGGCUCCUUUUUUUUCUGGAACUCUCUCUCCUUUUGUACUGUUUGACCAUUGUACUGUAAAGUGAUAUUGCUGUCCAUUCCACCACCCCCAUCGCUGCCACCCAUGUAAACAUGACAAUGUUCCUACAAAGAGCUGAAAAAGGACCCGCUUUCACUACUGAUGUCUUCUCUUCUGUCGCUUUUUGUUUUUCUCUUUUUGUUAAUUAUCUUUACUGGGUGUGAAUGUGUGUGACUGGAAUGGAUGAGCGGAGGGGUGUGUGUGUGUUUGUGUUUGUGUGUGAGUGUGACAGUGAGUGAGUGUGUACGUUACCAAACAGAUUAACAUAGUUUGCCUUAGCUUCUGUUACCGAGGGAGGGAACUCUCCUGCUUGCCCAUCCUUCUGAGGGUGCUUGUCCAUCCUUUUGAGGGUGCUUGUCCAUCCUUCUGAGGGUGCUUGUCCAUCCUUCCUAGGGUGUCACGUGACCCGCAGUGACCUCCACCUGCCGGUCGACCGAGGACCAUCUUUCUUUUUUCUGUCUUAUUUUUUUAAAAAUUCUAUUUUACCCAAUGUCUGUACAAUGUUUAAUUUCUUGUAUGUGUGCUCAGACUAUAUCCCUUUUUUGGUAUAGAAUGUCCUAAUGGCAGUUUAAGCAAUAAAAAAAUGUUGUAUUAUUGAA